CCUCCAUCCAUUGAAACCUCACCACUCAGUCUCAGAAAAUGGGAAGCAGAGCUCUGCUUCUGCUAAAAGCAACAACGGCAGAGACUCUUCUCUUCACUUCCAAAAGCACUUUUUCCAAAGCGCUUAUUCGAAAUUCAACCCGAAGCUUUUCAACCCGAUCCGCUCUUCUCCCUCCGGACCUGCCUCGUCUGGCUGAAACUGCUCGCAUCUCUCUCACCCCACAAGAGGUUGAGGAAUUUGCUCCGAAAAUUCGACAAGUGAUAGACUGGUUUGGGCAACUUCAAGCUGUUGAUCUUCAGAGUAUUGAGCCGUCAAUCAGAGCAGAUACUGAAGGUGACAAUUUGCGUGAUGAUUCUCCUGAAACAUUUGAGAAUAGGGAGGCAAUAAUAGCUGCUAUCCCAAGCUAUGAGGAUCCAUAUCUCAAAGUUCCCAAGGUCUUAAACAAGGACUAACACACUGUUUAGCUUCAAGGAGUUUAUGUGCUGGGCAGAAUGAUUUAUCAUUUGAAAGAGAUGGAAAACUUAUUCUUUUGAGGUGAGGAUCAUCUUGUAGGAGUGAAGUUAUUACUGUAAGUGCCUGUGAUGUUCCAAACACACUUUGCAGAUGUUGGCUUGACACUUAUUGAUGACUCUGAAAGGUUUAUUUACCCACAAGAUAAACGUAGGUAGUUUUUCACUUGUGAUAGCAUUCUGAUCAGAGGUAUUGAAAUGGUGACUGUUGGUUCAGUGUUGUACUGUGGAUGUGUUGGAUCCUGUAUUGUAUGACUGGGAGACUGUCAGUGUUUCCGCCCACCUCAAUUAUUUUCUUUAAACAUUGGGAAAAGAGUUUCAUUGUGCC